AUGUUAAACUUCCGAAGAAUAUCACUUCACCAACAUUCAAUAUCUUUUGGAAUUAAUGCUCAUCGUUUUCGAUCAGCUCGUCGUUCUUCUCAAUCAUUAUCAAAUGAUGAAAAACACAUUAUUAAUGAAACAAAACCUGUUUCAUUAGAUAAUCUUUCAUCAGUAGUUCGUCAAAUUCUUUCUAAAGAUCCAUCAUAUGCUGUUCGUUUUGGUGGUCGAGCUGAAAAUCUAUUUUCACAAAUACCAAAAGAUGAUCUUAUAUUAUCAACAAAAGAAGAUGAAAAUGAUUUACCUCAUCCUCUAAUUGUGGCUUUUACAUCGGUAGAAAAUCAAUUUCAAAUGGAUUUAGGAACAGAAGAUAAAACAAUACCAUCUUAUGAAACAGCUCGUUGUUUUGGUUGUAGAACACCACUUCAAUGUUCUGAUAAAACUAAACCAGGUUUUAUACCAGUCGAAAUAUAUAAACAUUAUCUUUCAACAAAUUUAUAA